AUGAGUUCGAAUGACGAUUUACGAACACUGCGCACGAUUCAGAAUAAGUUAGCUGUGGUGCAAACUUUCAUUAAAAAUUACCAUGACAGUAAUCAGUGCGAAAUUGAAGUGCGAUUGCAGGUGCUCGAGGAAGCUUAUAAGGAUUUUUUCCCUCUUCGUGAAUCGAUAGAGCUGAUAUUGGAUGAGAGUGAGGAGACCAGUAGUAUCGAAAGUAGCUCGAAAGUAUCCAAAGAAGAGGCGAAAAAGAUCCGCGAUGACAGAAACACACAGCAGCUUACCGAAUUUGAGAAUAAAUACUGUGCUGUGAAAUCCCAGCUUCUGAAGCUACGGCCUAUACCUGAACCUCAUCAAGCCAUAGGUGCGAAUCAUGUCCAAGCAGAACAAACGGCAUCGUUCACAAAGGUCAAGCUCCCCGAAAUCCGUUUACCUUCGUUCAGCGGAAAAACUCGCGAGUGGAUAGUUUUCCGUGAUACCUUUCUGAGCUUGAUUGAGCAAAACCCGAACUUAAACUCGAUGAACAAGUUCACAUAUCUCAAGUCGUCGCUUACAGGAGAUGCACUUCAGGAAAUAAAUUCUAUCGAUCUCUCAGCUGCUAAUUACGAAGUAGCCUGGAAGGCUCUUCAGAGAUGGUACGAAAAUAAAAAACUAAUCGUCAAGUCACAUUUAGAUGCACUCUUCUCGCUUGAACCUCUCAGGAAGGAGACGUGCGACGGAUUACACUAUCUAGUGAGCGAGUUUGAGAAAAACUUACAAAUGUUGGACAAGCUGGGACAAGACACUGCCAAUUGGAGUACUCUUCUAGCUUAUAUGAUGUGCUCUAAGCUGGAUGCAACCACACAUCGUCAUUGGGAAAUUGAACACAACAGCAAAGACGUUCCAAAGUACGAGGAGUUGAUCAUCUUUCUUCGGAAUCAGUGUUCAGUUCUCCAGUCCAUGAUUCCGCAGAAAACGUCCGCUGCUGAAUCGCAACAGUUUAAAUCAUCAGCUUGUCAUUCCGUUGUUAAGGUUGCUAACAAAUGCCCGUUCUGUGGAGAACUCCGGCAUUCACCAUUUCAGUGUACGAAAUUUCAGAGGAUGAACGUAUCGGAGCGAACCGAGGCUGUGAUGAAGACGAGGCUUUGCAGAAACUGCCUCUAA